CGUCAGAUGUCAAGUUGUGAAAAACAAUUUAAAAAAACAUUUUAUUUUCUUAUAUCUUGUCUGAAAUAUAUAAUUUAGAGUACUUCUUAGAGUUUAAUGAUGAAAUCUCAUGAUUUAGGGGAUUACUUCUUGAAAAAUCGCUGAAACGAUUACUUUCGAUCUUUAUUAAAAAGAAAAUAGGUUAUGUUGCAUAAAUAUAUUAUUUUUAAGUGCUCUUCAGAGUUUUAUAAAUACAUAAUACGUAAUCAUUUUUUAGUGAUUUAAAGGUUUAAGAUUAGUAAACAGAAUCGUCUGUUUUAGUAUAAAAAGAGAGUCAUAAUGCCGGCAAUACGUCACACACUUCAAAGAGAGAUCUUCACCCCCAACGAUGAAAAAAUAUUGACCGUUUGUAGCGUGAGAAAAGCUUAUAAGAAAAAGAAAAUGAGUUUUCUCUGUCUGACUUCUGUCAACGAUACUCCAGGAUCCUUCUUUUUGCAUCAAGUGAAAAAGAGUGACAAGAAUGUCUUUAAAAAGAAGCAGACCUGGCCUCUGGCUGAUAUUCGAACUGUUGACGGUGUCAGUGGAAAUUCGAUGGACCUGGAACUACACAUCGACAAAAUUUACAAAUGGUCUGUCAUGACAGCUCAGGAAAGACAGAGUUUUGUCGUCAAUUUAUACACCUGCUCUUUUAGUCUUUCUCAGAGGCCAGAGUUCAAAAAUUUACCUAAGGAGUGGCUCAUAGAUCCCUCGUGUGUGAUAGAUGGAACACUGGAUGAGAGUAUCAAAUUUGAUGCUGGAUUAUUAGAAUCUACCUUGCCAAUGGAAUAUCAACCAAUUACCGAUAAGGAAGCAAACGAUCUCGCAAAGUUAAUGGAAUCUUGCGAUUAUGCGGUUUCGAAUGCCGAGUCUUUUAUGGAAACUCUCUCUAAAGAUCUUUCAGUUUUAGACGGGGAAAAUAUACAAUCGGUUUUGGCAUCGGAACCCCAAGUUACGCUUUUAAUGAACGGAAUAGAAGCAGCGAUUUCAGAAGCUUCCUUGGUUGAGGCACGUUUAAGUGUUUACGAUGAAGCCUUGGGAAGAAUUAGAGAAGCUAUGGCAAGAGUUGGUCAAAAAAAUCAAGCAAUCCACACUGCUAAUCUCAAUGCGAGACAACUUCUUGAACAACUUGAUGCAGUAAUUACACAAUUAAAGAUUCCCGAAAAUCACCAGACAACACUGGAUGAAGCCGAGCUUCCCGGAAAUCGAGAAGAGCUUCAUCUCGCUGGUGUAGCUCUUUUGAAGGCGAUAACAGCUCCCCUACCUCCAGGCCUCGAAAGAUUGAGUGCCGUCGUUGAACAAAGAAGACGUCUUGAUAAAAUGAAAGCGAAAUUCUCGCAGAUUGUUGCAAGGCACUUGAACAAUCUCUUUAUUCACUUGGGCAACGAUAUCGGGGAAGUUCAAAUAACAGCAGAAUUAACACUUCCGAAUCAUCAAGCGGUUCAGCGAGAAUUAGAACCUUAUACAGAAUUAAUGAAAUUGCUGAGAGCCUUAGAUAAUAGAGCUUUUGUUCAACUGACGAAGGUUUACACCGAUACGAUGAGUAAAUUAUAUCAAAGGGAUUUCAAGUUCUUUUUCGAGGAAGCGAAAAGUCGAUUGAUCAGCAAACGCUCUCAUGCAAGCACAUCGAAGGCGAAGGAUCCGAAAGCAGAGGAUUUAAUUAAUGCUGCUCCCAUUUCUCUUUUAAGUGGCGAUGUUUGGGCUCCACAAGGAGACGGAGCCUUGCUGGAUUCAGUUUUGGAAUGCGUUCUAUCUCAACUGCAGCCAGUGUGUUUUGCUGAACAAGCUUUUUGCAUCUCAUUCUUGCAAUUGAGUUCUGUGCUAGCGCCCUCUAAGGUUUCGGAAGUCGAUGAUAGUGAUAGUGUAAACAACGGUGCUGUAAGUCCAGGAUCUGUAAGUUCAUCAACGAGUAAAAAGUUAGAGCGGCAAGUGAACGAAGAAGUAAGAGCCACGAUGGCUGUUAUUUUUCCUUCCCUCGAGACUGAAUUAAGCAAUUUUAUCUCAUUCCUGGACAAGAUAGAUAGUUUCUGGUGCAUGUACGUCUUGGUCCGACUUUCUCAGCACGUGAUGUCAGCACAAGACACGGGAUCAUUUCUCUCAAUGACUUUUGCAUCCGCCCUCGUUCAAGUAAAACGAGCUUUCGAUAAAUUCAUGCAAGUGCAACAGCAAUCAAUUCUUCGUGACACUAAAGUAAACAGAAAAAACAAAUGCGGAAUUUUGCCCUACGUGGAAAAUUUUGAUCCUUUUGCUAGAAUCACGGAAAAUAUUUUUCGCAAUUCGGACAGGAAAGUCGAUUUGGAAAAGUGGUAUACGAAAUUAAUUGGCACGAUGUUUGAAGCAAUUAUAGUUCACAGUGUCCAACACCAUAAAACUCCACAAGAAGUGAUCAAAAUGGAAAAUUUUCAUCACAUGUACGAUCUUCUCUCUCAGUUAAAAAUUUCCGUUCUGGAUCACGAGCGCAAAGAGGCGAAGCAGAAAUAUCAGGAUGCACUUAGAGCUUACGUGGUUCAAUAUUUCGGAAGACCUCUUGAAAAACUUAAUUUCUUCUUUGAAGGAGUUCAAGCUAAGGUAAGCACGGGUGUGAAAGAAUCUGAAAUAAGUUACCAGAUGGCCUUCAGCAAACAGGAACUAAAAAAAGUUUUAAAAGAAUAUCCGGCAAGAGAAGUGAAAAAAGGACUCGAGCAUCUCUAUAGAAAAGUGGAAAAGCACCUAUGUGAGGAGGAAAACUUACUUCAGGUUGUCUGGCGUGAAAUGCAGAGCGAGUUUAUAGCGCAGUACACUUACAUCGAGGGGAGAAUUCAUAGAUGCUAUCCAGACAGUAUGGUGACGUUGGAGUUCUCAGUUCAAGAUAUAUUAGACUUCUUUUCGGAAAUAGCGCAGUCUCAUUAAACUAAAGUGAUAACCGACGAAAGAGAAAAGGAGAGAGAGCAAUAAACAAAAGUAAUUUCUACA